AUGGUUGGUAGUAAUGGUAAAAACAAUGGAAUCACUCUCCCAAGUGCAGCCGCACAAGAACUUGCCAUCCGCACAGCCUACGAGCACUCAGGCCCUCUCAAUUAUGAAUCGGUGGCAUAUGUUGAGUGUCACGGUACGGGUACCCCGACAGGAGACCCCAUUGAGACCACGGCGAUAGCAAAUGUGUUUGCUUCAGGUCGCGAUUGGCACAAUCCACCAUACAUAGGAUCCACGAAGCCUCAGGUCGGGCAUGGUGAGGCAGGUUCUGCUCUUACUAGUGUUAUUAAGGUUGUUCUUUCAAUGGAAAAUGGUAUCAUUCCAGGGACUAUUGGCAUUCAGAAGCUCAACCCCAAAUUGGACUUGAGAGGGAGCAGACUUUCCGUUGUGAAUAAGAACAUACCAUGGCCAGCGGAUAGAGCAAAGCGGGCUUCAGUCAACUCGACAGGUUACGGUGGUGCCAAUGGCCACGUAGUCCUGGAGAGCUUGGACGAAUAUCUGAAGGAUAUUGACUUGAAGCGUCUCCCCUCACGACUAACAUUCGACCCACACAGCUCAAUCUUACAAGACUUGUUCCUACUUCCAGUUUGCGCCCAUGAUGAAUACUCACUCACUAAAAAUGUGGAAAAUAUACUCCAGGUGGUGGAGAAAAGUACCUAUGACAUUCACGAACUGCUCUACACCAUGACACAACGUCGGAGUAAAUUCGCUCAUCGCGCCGUUUUGCCUAUUACUAUAUCUGACAACACGCCUGUAACGGUUGGAGAACCACUAACCGGGAGGGCAAACCUCAGUGUCCCCACCGUCGCAUUUGUUUUCACCGGGCAAGGCGCACAGUGGGCUGGGAUGGGGAGAGAACUGUUGAGUCAGUAUCCAUCAGUCAGGGGCACUUUUCGGAAGCUAAACAACGCUCUCUCCCAACUAAACGAAGCCCCUUCAUGGACUAUUCAGGCUGAAGAUGCAAUAAUUGCUGCCUAUCUUCGAGGUUUGCAUGCCACUCUUACGCAAGAACCUGGCGCAAUGAUGGCAGUUGCUAUGGGAGCGGCGGAUGCGGAGAAGUUCCUCGCUGAGCAAGGAAUUGUACCUGAAGAUGCUGUUGUUGCUUGCAUCAAUUCGCCAGAAAGUAUCACUCUGAGUGGGAAUCCCAAUGCUAUUGAUACCAUUCAGGGUGUUUUAAGAUCGCGUUCUAUUCUAUCGAAGAAGCUUUCCACCGGCGGUAAAGCGUAUCAUUCAUUACGCAUGAAGGAGGUUGGUUCAGGCUACGGCGAGGCUGUUCUGCGUGCUACAACACAGCCACAGAUGACCAACGGCGUCAAGUCACAAACCUCUACUAAUGGGAUCAAAAACCACGGUGGCCUGAACGGUCAUUCAAAUGGUGUUAAUGGGGCUGCAAAAAGUUCCUCGGCCUUAUCAAGAAUGAAAGCGCAGAAAACAACAAGCGCUUCGCCUGUCAUGAUCUCAUCAGUAACCCUACAGGCACUGAAAGCAACCGAUAUCGAUGGUAACUAUUGGCAAAAGAAUCUGGAAUCCCCUGUCCUUUUUAAUCCUGCUAUGAAGAGCCUGCUAGGCUUGAAAUUCGGCCCGGAAGAUCGUCAUGUGGAUUGUUUGAUCGAAAUAGGGAGAAAUCAUAAUGCUGAGGAAGACAUGAUGAAACUCGCAACUAGUAUUUUCAUUAAGGGAUAUCCUAUUAACAUGCUCCAUGUUAACGGCCAAAACUCUUAUCGCCCAGCAAAACCACUUGUUGGUCUUCCCAUGUACCCAUGGAAUCAUACGACACCGCAACCACUGUUACUCAACCGUAUUACGAAAGAUUAUAAGUUUGCUACGCAUCCAAGGCAUGAUUUAAUCGGGAGUAGGUUGCCCGGAGGGAACCGUAUGGAGCCAAUUUGGAGGAACAAUCUUCGCCUGAAAGACGUACCUUGGAUUCAGGACCAUGUGAUUGGAAAUACAGUCAUCGUUCCCGGAGCGGCCUACAUAGCCAUGGCAGUUGAAGCUGCCGCUCAGUUUGCCGAAGACGACGAGCUCGGUGGCCCAUCUUUCGAUUUCAACGACGCCAGGUUUCAUCUCCACACCGUUGCGGUUAAAUCGGCCCUUGUUAUACCCGCAAGUGGAACAGCAGAUAUUAUGAUAAACCUCAAGCCCACCGACGCAUCUGCAACACAUAACCGAUUCGACUUCAAGAUUUGCUCCGUUACAGAUAGCCGAUGGACCGAACACGCAGAAGGUUCUAUUUCGUACGAACUGACUCGUGGAACGAGAGCAAUAGCAUCCAACUUCGCCGGUGAAACAGAAGAACCUAUUUUCCAGGAAAAAAUAGGCAAAGAUGCUUGGUAUGAUAGGCUAAAGUAUCGCGGUUUCGACUUCGGGCCAUACUUCCGCGUGAUCGAUGAAAUUGAGGUUUUGCCAUACCAGUCCCGCGCUCGCGCCAAAGCGCCAAUUCUCUUGACAAGGGACAAAGAUACUCCUUUCGAAUCUCGAUAUGCUAUCCAUCCUUUGACUAUUGAUGCGGUGUUGCAGGGCCGCGUUGUCGCUGUUUACGAUAGCCGCGCGGAGAAAGAGGAAGCAACUCAGAUCCCUGUUUUUGUCGAAGACAUGGUCAUCAACCCUGCCUCAUGGGCCAAAAACCAGACCGGUAUCAUUGACAGUGUUGCUUGGACUGAAGGGGCACGUACAGGUGGUUCCCACUCAACCUUGACAACGGAAGACGGGGUUGAAAUUAUUUCGACCAAACGUGUCAAAUGGCGGCAGUUUGAAAACCAAGGCAGCCAAGAAAAGAUGACCGUCUCUUUAGCCCGCGAACCGUAUUACAGACUACACUGGAAGCCUGACGUUGACUUCCUCGAUUCAGAGAAAGCGACUCGCUUGUAUCAUAGCGACUUUCAAUCUCCUUCUGGAGCUGCAUAUCUAGACGAAGUGUUCCAUAUACGAACCAGGCUUGAGACCGUUACUGUUUUGUACAUUUGCGAAGCUCUAGCGCAUGUCAAAAAGGAAGAGCUACCCACCGAUCCGUCUCUUCGUUGGGUGCACGGCUACUAUAACUGGUUGACAUAUGUCCGUGACCAAGCCGCAAAUGGCCGGAUGGUCCUUUGCGAUAGCGAUGCGACACAGCUAAGCGCAGAUCAGCGUGUAUCUCGAAUUGAACAACUGCUUUCUGAACUUCCUGGCGAUUUCCCACAAUUGGAGUAUAACGCAAUUAUUAGAAAGAACAUGGCUGGGAUCUUGAAUGGAUCAGUGUCUGGAGUGGACUUAGCUGUCAAAGCGGAAAUACUUGCUCGGGUUUAUGCAGACGGAUCAAUUCAUGACGCAGCACGGAAGAACCUCGCAUCCGUCGUCGACAUACUAGCUCACAAAAACCCUACUAUGAGAGUUCUUGAGGUAGGGGCAGGAACAGGUAGCUGUACGAGUGUUGCUUUGGAAGUUUUGAACACUUAUGAUAAACUAACGGGCCACGCAAAACGCUACACGGAUUAUACCUUCACCGAUAUUUCGCCAUCGUUCUUUGAGAAAGCAGAGGAACUCUUCGGGGAGUACCCUGCUUUGAUUUUCAAAACGUUUGACCUUGAACACGAUCCAGCAAAUCAAGGCUUCAAUUAUGGGGAAUACGACCUUAUUCUCGCAUCGAACGUGAUUCAUGCCCCUGGAAAUACAGACCGACUGCUCAAAAACUGCAGAAAGCUACUUAAGCCAGGCGGAAAGGUGGUGAUGUUGGAAAUCACUCAAACAGAGAGUCUCACUCCCGUACAAUUUGCAUUUGGAACCCUUCCAAGUUUCUGGGGUUGCCUUGAGGAUGCCGACGGUGAUCGUGCUCUCGGGCCUUUCAGAACUCUGCCAUCAUGGGAGGGACAGCUUCUUAAGUCAGGUUUUAGCGGUCUAGAUUUGAUCUUGAGAGAUUUCCCAGAUCCGUUGGCGCUCGAGAGCAUUAUGGUGUCGACUGCCGUUGAAGAGUCCACUGUUGUUAAGGCUUCGGUCCCUGCGCUUGAUCCGGUGGUCAUAGUUCACUCUGCAGCCCAGAAUGAACUCGCCAUAGCCGUGGCACGAAUUAUCGGGGAAUCUGGAACGAAGGUUUCUCAUUGUUCGCUAACAGAGCUACCAGGCCUUGCCGCCAAUGGACAGCUACACACAUACAUUGUCCUCGAGGAACUUGAAAGUCCAGUUUUGAUGGAUAUGAAACCCCAACAGUUCGAUGGCCUGCAAAAACUGGUACAUACAGCUGCUGUUAUCCUCUGGGUUACCGGUGGUGAUCUUAUGGUCGGCGGAAAUCCAGCUUUGGCAAUGGCGCACGGGAUCAACACUACCCUCAUGAACGAAAACUCAGCGAAGAAUCUUAGAUUCGCCGUUUUCGACUUAGACAAGACGGUCUCGUCGGAGAUUCUUAGUAUCGCUAAUCACAUUGUGGAUAUUACCUCGAAAGUCUGCAAAGCUGCCUCAAGAGAGGAAUGUGAGACAGACUUUAUGCUAAAGGAUGGAGUAAUCUACGUUAGUCGUGUUGUCCCUGAUAUGCAAUUGAACGAGGAGUUCAUGCUGGACUCUGGAGACGGCCGCGUGGACCAGGAUUUUCCCACUUGUGGCAACGUCCUGCUGGCCCUUGAAACCCCCGGUCUCCUGGAUACGAUUUACUUCCAAGAAACCGUAUCGUGCGCGACUGAACUUGGGGCCGAUGAAAUUGAGAUUGAAACCAAAGCUGUGGGGCUCAACAUGAAGGACUACGUUAUUGCAAUGGGCAAUUUCGAGAGCGUCAAAUCUAGCAAUGAAUCGACAGGUAUCGUUUCCCGCGUUGGAGCUAACGUUAACGGAUUUGUAGCUGGGGAUAAGGUUAUAUGCCUUGAACGUGGCUAUUAUGAUACCUUUUUGAGAAGCCCGGCGAACAAAUGCUUAAAACUGAGCGAUGAUGAGGACUUGGAACAAAUGGCGACAGUGGGAAUCGCGCAUGGCACUGCACUUUAUGCGUUGAAAUAUCUGGCGCAGCUCGAGCCCGAGGAAUCCGUACUUAUCCAAGCCGCCACUGGUGGUUUGGGUCUAGCCGCUAUACAAGGCGUUGACGUGGUGCUUUCGACAAUAUCUGGCCCAGGUUUCCACGAGAGUUUGAGCUGUCUGGCGCCAUGUGGACGACUGAUCGAUGUCGGCAGAGGCAACGUCUUGGACAAAGGCAAAAUGGCGCUUCAUGUCUUCGAUAAAAUGAAGCCAAUCAAGAUAGAUAAGGCUUUCCACAUCACCGAGAUGGAAAGCGCUUUGCGAUAUUUCGGCCAGGGUCAACAUAUCGGAAAAGUCGUCCUUACAUACGGCCCAACUGAGAACAAAGUUAAGCUCAAGGGAGUCCUGAAGCCAAAGGGAAUCAACGCCAAUAACAGCUAUCUGCUAGCUGGCUGUCAUGGAGGACUGGGCCACAGCAUGGCUGAUUCAUUGAUCCGUCAUGGCGCUCGGAACCUCGUUUUCCUUUCCCGCUCGAGUGAACAGAAGCGGGAAAUCGCUUCCUUUGUGGCGCGGGCGAGGGAACAGGGCGUCAAUGUUGUGACAAUACAAGGAGAUGUGACGAAGGUUGCUGAUGUGGAGAGGGCAGUUAGGCAAGCAGUGUGCAUGGGGCCGCUCAAGGGUGUCGUCCAUGCCGCCAUGGUUUUGCAGGAUGCAUUCUUUGAUACAAUGAACUUGGAAAAAUUCAACAUCGCCGUCCGGCCCAAGGUUUUUGGCGCGCUAAAUUUGCAUAACGCUACUAUUGAAGCUGACGCCGACCUUGAUUUCUUUUUUAUGACAAGUUCUACAGUGACUUAUGUGGGACACAUCUCUCAAUCCAACUACGCCGCUGCCAACGCAGUGCUGGAUAAUUUAGCCCGAAAGCGGCGUGAGAUGGGCCUUCCUGCGACAACCAUUUCACUAGGCCCGAUCAAGGGGGUUGGAACCUUGAAUAGAAAACCGGAAUACGCUGAGAAUCUGCUGCGCUCUGGGUUAAUCGAAGCCCCUGAGUCAGAAUUCAUUUAUCAUUUCGAGAGACUAAUCAAAGAGCAGCCGGAUUCGAAACACUUCGACAGAAACACUCAAGCACACAUUCUUACAGGUGUGGAAUAUACAAAACAUGACCUGAGCAUGGUCCAAGUCAGCAGAAUUGAACAGGAUCGCCGUUCCGCUCUCUUGGUUACCACCCUAGCCGCCCGAAAAGCUGCAGUUGGUGACGGUAAUGCGGCGGCGGACACAAACGGGGACGAAAUCCCCGAGAUCCCAGAAGAUCGAAACAAAGCUAUUAUUGUUCUUGCCGAUGCGGUUGCUCGAAGACUCGCCAAGCUGCUUUUUAUUUCAUCUGAUGAUAUCGACAUCACACGCCCGCUCUCACACUUCGGUAUCGAUAGCAUGUCUGGUAGUGAAAUGAUUCAUUGGCUUAGGCAAAAGUUCUCCGUGGGAAUGUCCUUUUUGGAGAUGUUAGAUCCAGGAUGUACGUCGAAACACCUAGCUGGCGUCAUUUACGAUACGGCCCAAAAGGCAAAGACGGCCGCCGUGCCCGUAACGAAUGGGGUCAACGGGACCUCGCACGCUACUUCAAAUGGUGUCAAUGGUCAUACACCCUCAGAGAAGCCCCAAGCUGCAAGUGAGGAAUAUGUUAAUCUAUUAGGCUCCCACAUGGAGGAGUUCUCCAAAACCUUAAAGAAAGCUGUCUCUGGGCCGAAACCAGUGGCCAACUCUUAUGUUUGUUCUGUCAUAGAUAAAGCAGGUACCCAGCUUUACUCACAAGCAGAGGGCUUUAUUUCACAUGAUUCGUCGAAGGAAGUCGGGUUCGACUCAGUAUACUGGAUUGCAUCAAUGACGAAAUUAAUAACAACAGUUGCUUUCAUGAUUUGCGUGGAGCGAGGACAAGUCGCCCUAGAUGACGAUGUUCUCCCUAUCUUGCCUGAUUUGUGUUUGCUCCCAGUCCUAGACGGCGUGGAUAACGUUGGGAGGUAUCGAGUCAAGAAGCGAACCAAGCCGAUUACCUUCAGAUCCCUUCUUACCCAUCAGAGUGGCUGCGGUUAUCACUCGAGCCCACGGUUGACAAAGUGGGCAAAGGAAAACGACCGAAAAGAGAGUGUAUUUGAUAAUGACUUUGAGGUCAUGAAAAGCUUUCCGCUUAUGUUCGAGCCUGAAGAAGGUUGGAUGUAUGGAUCGGGUGUCGAUUGGGCAGGAGAAGCAAUAGCACGUCUGAACAACACAACACUUGAAGAGUUCAUGCAAACCAACAUUUGGGAGCCUCUAGGUAUGACAUCUACAACCUUCCAUCCAGACAAACACCCUGGUAUGCUCGAAUCCAAAGUUACAAUGUACGACCGGGACGAGGCGACCGGCGCUCUCAUUCCGGGUAUCGCUAUGUCCAGAAUCCCAGCAGUGCAUGAAUGCGGCGGACAUGGAUUGUGGUCAACCCCACGCGAUUGGACGAAAUUCAUCAGCAUGCUACUUGCAGACGGAGGCCCAAUUUUGCAGAAAAGCAGUGUGGAUGAAAUUUUCAAGCCGCAACCUGUCGUUUCUGGGGAAUUGCAGGAGCUGCUUUCUGGCCCACUUCGACCGUUCCUUCGCGCAACUGUUGAUGAACAUGCGGGUAGGAUUGAGAUUGCCUUGGGCGGCCCUCUGUAUGUCGACCCUAUACCUGGCAAGCGAUCCGCUGGCACGCUGCAGUGGUCAGGUAGACCCAAUCUUUUCUGGUGGAUUGAUCGCAGCAAAGGAGUUGCUGCAACAACGUUUACACAAACAAUUUCGCAAGCAGAUCCACGUUUCGAGGAGUUGACCAGCACUUUUGAGAAGGCUGUUUACGCUGAUUUUGGGGGAUUCUUACUGAAUUAG